AUGGCAAGGGGUAAAACGGUCCCUUGCCAUGACCAAUUUUCCCCUUGCGCUGCAUUUUUGAGGGCCGAUUUCGCCGACUCGGAGUUCGGACGGACAGUAAAAGAACAUGUGAACGGUUUGACGUACGUGGGAACAUCAGGUGGAGCUAAGGCUGCUAAGCGUAAACCAUGCGAGCUGGCGAAGCAUACUCAGUCCAAGCACCCCACGCCUAUCACCCAGUUCAAACGCCCUGAUCGUGAUCAUGUAGCACGUGGUUGGGGUCCGCACCGUUACAUGAGCAUCACAAAUCCCUUACCAGAUAACGAAUCUACGCAAAAGUUCCCCAUCUCCUCCCACAUAACCGGCAGAUUAAUGGAAUUGAAGGAGCACCAGAUCUACACUGUGGAAUUUCUGAAUCCGGAUGGAGCUCGUGUCGCCAGCGAUGACCUAGAACUACUUGAGAGGAGAUGCGAUGGAUCCUUAGCCUCCAUACCAGAAUCCCGGAUGUUCCCCUCCUUUCGCCACCUAUACUUCAUUACCCCGGACGACAGGGUUUAUGAAGUACAUUUUGGUCAUCGCAUUGUUUCCACCAUUACCUUCCCGCGCCGUGCUGAGGUGGCGGUGCAUGGCGCAUUGGCAUCGCAAACUGCCAGCAUUUGUGCAGCCUACUCUUGA